CAAUUUCACUCACCGCUGGCUUUACUCGAUACUGCUGUGCGGUACAACUUGGAUCUACCAGCUUCCGUUCCAGGCCAGUCCGGCGUGGACAGGCAUCCGCUUCGAAAGCUGUACAUUGCACAAGCACCUCUAGAUUCUCUUCCCAAGGCUUUACAAGAAGACGUCCCUACGCCACGCCUCGUGCAGGAGGUUGGCAGAGGUGAUCUCUACGGCUCGAGCAUCUGGUUGGGCCUGGAGCCGACCUACACACCUCUCCACCGGGACCCGAACCCGAACCUAUUCGUCCAGCUGUGUGGAAGCAAGAUCGUGAGACUUCUCCCGCCGGAUGAUGGUGAGCAGGUUUACGCUACCGUGCAAGCUCGGCUGGGUCGAAGUAGCGGGAACUCCAGAAUACGUGGCGUGGAGAUGAUGGCCGGCGAGGAGAGAGCCCUGCUAUAUGAUGACGUAUGGGAGGUGAGAAGGGCCGGCGAGAUCCAGAAGAGGGUGAUGUUGCAGGCAGACCUGGCACCCGGCGAUGCUCUGUUCAUCCCUCAAGGCUGGUGGCAUAGCGUCAAGAGCACGCUGACGGAUGGACGGUUGAACGGCUCCGUGAACUGGUGGUUCCGGUGA